UCCGUUGCAGCUUUCUAUGUUUUGAUUGUUCACCGCGAACGCGCGAGACUGAGAUGCAGCACUAAAACACGUCGUUUACUAUGUUCUACAUCGUUCACGAGCCUUCCGAAGCAUUGCAGUGCAAUACAAGCUCGCACAGUCAUAUCGCGCAUGUUGCGAUUACAGGGAGUCUUCGAAAUAACAUUGUUUGAAACGGCUGGUGACGUCACGCGUCACAAACCUCAUGCGUUCGUGAUUCCUUCCUCACUCCUCAGCUCUUCUCCAUUUUUGCCCUGAAACGCCGGUGCUUACACAAAGAAGGUUCGUUUUAUCCUCACGUAUGCGACAUUCCCUGGGAAAUUUUUACACAAAUCAACUGUGGAGUUGCCGGGAAUCGGCAACAAUGGUAAAACAGUGAAAUAUGGGUACUUUACUUCAAUUCUGUGACUCCUAGAAGGGAAGUCAAAAUGGACAAUACAAAUCAGAACUCAGCAGCUAACUCUGUCAAGAACCAUUUUGACCCAGCAGCCCUUUUAGCCAUGAGCCCAACUGCCUUCACCCCUUCUUCAAUGGGUGGAGGAGGGGGUCCUCCAAUAGGUGCCCCGUACUCCCCAUUCCCCCUCCUGAGCCGAGGCUCGGCAUUUCAGCCUCCCCUUGCCCCUUCCCCGCCCAACUCCCUUUUGGAAGGGAUGGCCUCACGUUCCACCACACAUGCUCCCACUGCGCCACUUUCUCCAGGUGCUUGGUGGUCAUCUGCUGAACAAGGCAUGGCUCUAGCAGGACUGUUGCGUCAGGGGCUUCCUCCAGAUCUGGCCGGAAGUUCCAAACUCGAUCACGGUUCAAGGAGUUCACCACAACCACGCCGGAUAGUUGAGGAAAUGCUCGGGCACGCCUAUUCCAAACCUUCUGAGCUGCACCUUGAUUACAAAAUGUCAGGGUUGAAUGGGUCUCAGUCUUCUAACAAAAUGCUCCCACCUUCCGCACAUUCAAGAUCUCCAAAGCAUCUGGACAUGCAUCUAGAUAUGCUCACGAACUCUGCAAAGGAAAAGUCACUUGGAUCCUCUACAAAGCUUCCACCUUCCUUACCACCACAUUUCCUGCCCCGGCUUAGCUCUGCCGAGUUGACCAUCUCAAGCAUCAACGAUGGAGGGGGCAGAGGAAGCCUCUCAUCUCCCAUUAGGGACAGGAUGGACAGUCAGUCGCCAAUGUUAAAGAGGGGUAGGCGAACACCAAGGAAGGAGCCUUCAUUAGCAUUACAGCCAACUGAGGGUGCUUCAUCCAAGCAGCCUCCUGGGUCGGAACUGAACGACGGUGGUCGGCUCUCUUCCGCGGGCACCUCUCUUUUUCCAAGUCCAGCGCACUCUGUACCGGGUUACGCAGCUCCACAGAGCAAGCCGACCACCCGCACAGAACCGCCGUCUGCAGUGUGCGGAGCAGAAGGAGCUGCACCCUUAGACCUGUGCGUCAAGAAGGGUGCAUCAACUACCUUCCUGUCGCCGGAGGUCACACUGACCCCUGUUCCGAGCAAUCGUCGUCCCCCCACCCCCAGGUCCUCACAGUCUGGAACGCCUUCUCCGGGUCUCCACCAGAUGCACAUCCUGGAGACACUUACUGCGAGUCUUGGACAGCCCAGGGGACAGCAAGUGCCCUCCCGAAGGAGAGGGAGGAAGAGCAGAGAUUCUUUGCUGCCACCUCCUGCGGUGUUGGGGAACCUGUUUGCUGCUCUGGGAGCUCAGGACAUGAAGUUGUCUCCUAAGGAACAAGAGUCCCUUCAAAGGUUUCAGCUAUUGGCCUCCCAGGGAUACAAAUCCAAGAACAAUGUGACACAGAAACCCACUAACAGUUCUAUGAUGAGUGAAAUGGCUGCAACGUUGGACAAGUUGCACACGGACGAAGAACGCGUGUCACAAAUGUCUCCCGAUAAUGCCAAGGUUAAUAGAAAACGUGUGUCACCGGAGCACUCUGACUCUCACCCGCGAGACUCCGGGCGUGAAAGCAAGCGGCCAGAGCUGGAUCGCAGCGCAUCCGGCAGUGAAUCAUCAAGUGAAUCUGAAUCAGCUGGAGAUUCCCAAUCUUUAAGCGGCAACUCUGACACUGAAGAUACAGAGAAGUCUGCAGCAGCCAGCACAUCUAGCAGCAUUCGAGUAUCAGGUUCUGAAAGAGGACCUAAACGACACAAAGAUGAGUUCGAAAGGUCUCCAAAACGAAGACGGUAUCACCGAGGUGAACAGGAACUCAGAGCACCAUUGGAGAGAGGGUGGCAGCGACAAACCAAAAUUAGGUGCUUCAGUAAGGGUGGUAUCCGUGGGGAGGUGUUUUACAUUGCUCCUUGUGGGAAGAAGCUGAAAAGCUACCCUGAAGUAAUGAGGUACUUGCAGAAGAACAGCAUCUCUGACAUUGGAAGGGAGAACUUCAGUUUCAGCACUAAAGUGAAUGUCGGGGAUUUUGUGGAAGCUGCUGGCAAUGGGGGCCCAGAUACCUGCAUGGUGCUAAGUGGGGAGGAAGUAGCAGCCCGUCUUCAGCAGGUACAGGGCCUUCCACGAAGUAGUGCCAGCCUGGGAAUUGUCAGGAGGGGGAGGCCACGCACAGUGACCCCUGACCCGCUUUCCCAGGAGGUACUCAAGCAGCACGUUGAAGAAUCCCGGCGUCACCAAGAGCGUCUCGAGCAGCUGGAGCAGCAGCGCAUUGAAAAGGAGCUGCGGGCUCAGCACAUGAUCGAGAUUCGGCGUCAGAGGCGGGAAGAGCUAGAGAGGCAACGUCAGGAAGAUUCAUUGCGCAGAUCUCAGGAACGAGAAAACAAGAGGCAGCAGACUGCUUUGCUAAGGGAGCAGGAACUUCAAAAGCGGAGAGAAAUGCUGCUUAUGGUGGACUUGGAGAGGGAGAGACGAAGGCAGCACAUGCUUCUUGUACGAGCAUUGGAAAAUCGAAAGAAGUUUGAGGAUCAGCGAAAAAUGGACCUGCAAAUUCUGAAAGAAGUGAGACGUCCUGUGGAGGACAUGCGACUGAAGGAUGCUCUUCCAUUGCCAACGCUAAAUAGAAUUCCAGGUUUGAAGAUUCCAGGUACUGCAUUUGCAAACCUUCUGAUGGUCCAGGAAUUUCUCCACAACUUCGGGGAAACGUUGCAUUUUGAUGUUGAGAAAAUUCCAACCUUAAAUACCUUGCAGCUAGCACUCAUAAACCACGACGAAAAGUCUGAGCAAGAGUUUCUUACUGUUGUACAACACCUGCUCACAUGUGCCAUUCAUGAUCCUGGAACCCCUCAUUGUAAAGAGGCGGUAACUGUGCUUGGGCAGCAUCUCAAAGAUGCUCCAAUCACAAACGAGAGUGUAACCGAAGCCUUUCACCUCUACUUCAUGGCCCUUGACAAAGAGUGUGCAAUGUACCAGUGGGUAACUGAAAAACCAUUCCUCGCACUGAACCCUACACAAAAGUCUGAGAUCAUGGCAUUCCUCUGUAAUGAACUUCUCUGCAGCCGAGCGGUAGUACGGCAAGUGGACAGCAGCAUAGAUACGGUUAACACACUUCGAAAAGACAAGUGGCUUGCUGAAGGAGAGUUAAGAAAGUUGAGAGGCAUACAGCAGGCGCGACAGCGAAAAGCCUUGCUGAGGCAAGACCAGGAAGAAGCCAAGGGUGCAGAGGAGGCAACAAAGGGAGACGGAGAUAAGGCAGUUAAGGGGCCAAAAACAGAAGAGGAGGAGGAAAAUGAGGAAGGAGGGAACGAAAGUGGCAAUGAUAGCGAGGAUCCGCAGGAUGCAGAAAACGAUGUUGAUGAAGAGGAUGGGGAACCAAAUUUGUCAAAUGAAGAUCUUGAAAAGAAAAUUGACAAGUUGGCAAAGCAACAAGCUCAAUUCCAAAGUAAAGUUGCCAAAGCAAGCAGCACCAUCCGAGCAUCGAUGCUGGGCCAGGACCGCUUCCGACGCAGGUACUGGUUGCUACCCAUUGCAGGGGGGGUCUUUGUGGAAGCCAUGGAGUCCGGAGAACAGGACGGCAUGGGAGAUUUUGUUGCCUCUGAUUACAUGAUUGACGAGGAUGACGAUGAAGAGAGCCAAAAAUCUAAGAAAGAGGCAAAAGACGUCAAGGUCAAAAUGCAAGAGAAAGAAUCGGACACAGCAAAGCGUAAGCAGCCAGAAGCGGAAACUAAACAGAACGAAGAUGUAAAGAAAGAGGAACAACCAAAAGACGAGAAAGAGACUGUCGGCAAAGUCGAAGAAAAAGCCGAGGCUGUGAAAAAAGCAGAGGUAAAGGAAGAAGUGAUUAAGACUGAAUCUGAGAAAGAAAUAGAAAUAAAUAAGGAGGUGCAGCCCUCAGCAGAGGUGAAACCAAAAGUGGCUGUUGGUCCCGAAGGGAACCUGGAGCAAGCGUGGAUGAUGCAGUCGCCCUUUCUGGCCUCUAUGGUGGCUGGGAAUCUUUUGUUUGCACAGGGAGGAAAAGACGGGGGAGGGGGGGACGUGUACCCUCACGUCACAGCGGAGCAGAUGUUGAAGACCCUGGCGCAACAAAAGAGGCCCUGGUUCAGCAUUCUGCCGCGUGUGCCCUGCGACGAAGAAAGUCUGGCUAGGUUGCCAGGAAAGGAAGGGGAAGAUGACAUUGAGGUUGAAGAAGAAGCAGGCGCACACCAACCGGGUGGAUGGGUCAGCGUGAUUGAAACGGAGGACACCACCAAUCAGCAUGAUAAGCCACAAGCAGUGCCAGCAGAUUGCCUGCGAGGUUGGUGGAGAAUCACGGACGUGUCGCAGCUACGGGCUGUAAUGACGACGUUGCACACCAACGGCAUUCGUGAGAAGGCACUGUUGAAGCAGCUGGAAAAGAGUUUCAACUAUGGUGCAGCAGCAGCCAUUCCAAACAGCCAACAAGAUGUUGGGUUGGAGAUUACGGAGCGUGAUAGGGAGGUGUCGGAGAAGCAUGGUGGUGCUGUUCCUCCAGACUACGAAGACCAGUGGUCACCAGAGGUGGCCUUGAGGGUAGACCUGACAGUGUUGGAGCAGGUGGAAAUUCUGGAAGAGAAAGUGGUUGGAGCCAGCAUGCAGGCCAAGGGCUGGCGACCACAACCAAAGGCCUCUAAUGACAUCACGAGGGAGUUUCGACCAUCAUGUGUCCUACUUAACAAGAAGCUGCUUUCCUCAAGUGAAGAUGGUGAUGAUGAUGACAGCCUCGACAACUCCCCUUCGUCCACAAAUGUACCAGAGGACAAGGAGACCGUGGUAAAGCCUGAAGCCGAAGCACCUUCUGCUGAUCCUGCACUGCCUCAGCCAUCACCGAAAAUAAACGAGGAUGGAAACAAUCAAGAAGAAGGUGCCUUGGAAGAUAAAUCGAAAGAAGAACCUCAGGAUAGUGUUGACCAUGAAGGAGUCGAGGUUAAAAAACAACCGGAUGGUGAAACUGGUGGUGCAGACAAAGUGGGUGAUUCCAUGAAUCCUGUCCAUGUUGCAAAGGAGAGGUUGCUGUGCUUGGAGGCUGCUAUUGAGAGACGAUACAUGAGACCACCUCUUGGCACAAGUGGGAAUAGCAUUUUGCCACAGCAGCCAAGUGGUGUGAUCAAGUGGGAUGAGGAGACUGGAAAGGAGGAAGAAGAGGUGCCCCCUGGCCUGCUAAGGUGGCGCCAGGCUGUACAGUUGUGUCAGACAGCUGCGCAGCUCAGCAUGUGCUUAGCUCAGCUGGAAGGCAGCAUUGCUUGGGACCGCUCCAUCAUGAAAGCUAGCUGCCAAUUCUGUCACAGUGGAGACAAUGAAGAGAUGUUGCUGCUAUGUGAUGGUUGUGACAAAGGAUACCAUACUUACUGCUUUAAGCCAAAAAUGGACAACAUUCCAGAAGGAGACUGGUACUGCUACGAGUGCCUGAACAAAACUCAAGAAGAAAAAGUUUGUGUUUUGUGUGGGAAGAAGGGUAAACUAGUUCACUGUGACGGAUGCCCCAAGGUUUUCCACAUGACAUGUCUGGAACCUCCACUCACAAAACCUCCAAAAGGGAAGUGGACUUGUUCAGGAUGUUCAAAGGCGAGGAAGAAGGGCCGGCCGUCCAAGGAGCCCAAGGAAGCAAAAGAGCAGCCAGCAGCGCGAGAAGCAAAAGAAACUACCGCCAAAAAAGCAGAAAGUCCAUCCCCCGUAAAGGCAAAAGCAGGGGAACGCCGUGAGAAGAACAAAUCACAAGUGCUCAAAGACCUGGCUGCCUGCAGGGUGAUCCUGGAUGAAAUGGAGAAGCACAAGGACAGCUGGCCUUUCCUUCUUCCGGUCAACACCAAGCAGUUCCCUUCCUAUCGCAAGUUCAUCAAAAAGCCGAUGGAUGUUAGCACAAUACGCUCCAAACUGGAGUCGGGGCAGUACAAGCUUAAAGAUGAGUUUGCUGGCGAUGCGAGACUUAUCUUCGACAACUGUGAAACAUUCAACGAAGAUGACUCUCCUGUGGGCCAGGCGGGUCACAGCUUGAGGAACUACUUUGAGUGUCGCUGGGAAGAGCUCACCUCUUGAAGCUGUGGGGUUUAGUGUUUUCAUUUCUUUUGUGUACAUAUACAUAUUUAUACAUAGUUAUAUUUUCAAGGUCAGGAAAUGGGUCGGGCAAUCUCAUCUUGCGUCGCAUAGUGCCCAUUUUCCUUUUCCAUUUUUUGCCAGCCGUCCGUAAAAUGUGUCUAGCCUUUGUUUGUGUGGCAGAAAAAAGGUCUGACUUGUCUGUCUCUCCGGUGUAUUCUGUUGAGGCAUCCGCAAUGGCCUUUCCAAACGUCUACCUCUCUAUAUCCUUCUGUGUCAUGACUGAGAGUGCAUGUUUCUGUUGGAUCUAAUCUUAAAAGAAGGAAUUCUGUGCAUAUGUGCUUUUAUUGAAAUUAUAUUUCUUCUUUUACUAAAAAUUUAACGUACUCUACUGGGCAUUCUAAUACCUUUGGACAGUGUUGUGUUCAGCACGGAGCGCACACAAAAGAAAAAAAGUUGAUGUUGGAAGAGUUUAAAAGAAAACCAACGCGUUGCUUGGGCAUUACAUCCACGCACUUGCAAGGUUAUAUUUUGCCUCACUUAUUGAUAUAUAAUGUGAAUACUGGUUGAUGUUCACUGACGGCAAUCGCGUGCUACUGCUAGUGCUCUGCCCCAGCCCGAGCUGCUAACUGCAUCUUGUCCCGUCAAGUGCCUGUUUCUGUGCAGACGUACGUGCUCGUGGACAGUGCUGCCACCACAAUCUUUCUCAGUUGCAAACAACAACACCAGUUGCUCUGACCUCUCAUUCUGAGAGAUGUGCACAAUCAUUCCUGUAUGUCUACCUUCCCACACCGUUUUGUCAACUUUCGUUUGUUGUUGCUUGUCUGCUAGAAGAUUGAAAGGAAAGAGAGUGUCACUAAGUGGCACCUUGGUUGUGCUUUUCUUUACACUUGUGCAGACGUGUGUGUGUGUGUGUGUAUACAAGCUGAAUGUAGCUCAAACCUUCUUGUACUGCUUGAGCACUCGAAGCCAGGAGGUUUCUCUGCUGACAAGGAACUUCAUGCCAUCUUCAUUUGCUUACCGUGUUCCAGCUUCUGCCCUCAGGUGUCUCUGCCGCUAGGUAUUCUUUGUUGUCUGUGUCUGUUUCGAGGUAGCUGUCCUCCCGUAGUCCUCUCUACACAAUUUCUCUCGGGGACCGAGGAUGGAAAACAUUGUAAAUUUUUUUUACUUGGAUUGUAAUUUUAUACCAUGUGAGAAAGUCCCUUUUUUUUUAUUUUUACGUAGUGAUAAACAUGGUUGUUGCAUUGUUUUAUUAGUUAAUGCUCAAAAGUGACUGUGUAGAGCAGUUUGCCUGUCAUGAGAUUAUGCUUGUGGUCAGACCCUUGGGCCAGGGACGUGUGAAAAGGGCCUUGUAAAAGACUGUCAUCUUUAUUUAUUUAUUUCACGCUGCAUUUAUGGUGUGCCCAUAACACUCUGUGUCACAGCAUUUCAUUGUCAUCACAAGUGCAGCAAGUGCAGGUAGCGUAUUUAUACCUGGCAAAGAAUUUUUGCUUUCAGUCAUCCAAUGUACAUACGGUAUCGCAAUACCCUACGGUGCAAGAAAGAGUUGGAGCAUUUAGCGUCAUCCUGUUACUUUUUGUAAUGUUUUCAUUUGCGGGAUCAUACGCAAAGUGUAACAAAAGUCACACAAUAGUAUCUGCACAAAGGAGUGCUGUUAAUCUGUACAGGUUUGCUACAGGCAAUAAAACCUCUAACCAUUCA